ACCUAACGGUUCAAAAAUGUUAUUGAAAANAAAAAAAAAAAAAAAAAAAAAAUCGAGUCGAAAUCCUUUGGAAGAACAGAAAAUGAGUAGAAAAAUCCGCGUAAUCUGCAGCGAUCCUGAUGGAACAGAUUCAUCUUCCAGCGAAAACGAAAGAGACGAAACAAAAUCUUCAAAAUCGAAGCGCAUCGUGCGCGAAAUUCACUUCCCCAAUUUUCCUUCUCGCGCUUCAAAAUCGAUCGAUGAUGAAAUCUCUCGGAGCUCUUCUCAGGACAGCAACAAUGGCGACAAAUCCUUCACGAACAGAGGAACGGCCUGCCGAUACAGAGGCGUGAGGCAGAGAAAAUGGGGGAAAUGGGCGGCUGAAAUUCGAGAUCCCUUCAAGAGAGCUCGUAUUUGGCUCGGAACUUACAAUACGGCUGAGGAAGCUUCUAGGGUUUACGAAUCGAAGCGGCUCGAGUUCCAGACCGCCAUGGCCGCCGCCGCCGCCCCAAAACCUCCAGCAGGUUCAAAGCUUCUCAUCUGUUAAGUUUUUGAGCGUACGAUCUGCGCCGGAUGGCGGAGUUGACGGCGAGUGAAGGGAGGGAGAGGUACCGGCGACGGCGACGGGAGGGGGAGAAUUAUGUUUUCCUUAUUUGAAUGCCAUGUCAGCUUUCUUUUUUACCUAGUCAUUUUGCCCUGUCAGCUUAUAGUAAAGCUGAAACGUGCCACAUCAGCUUAUUGUAAAGCUUAGUCAGCUUCAGGUUGUACUGUUCUUUUUUCCCAUCUUUAAAUAGGAUAAAAUUGA